UGAGGGCGGCCGCCGCAGUCGGCGCGCGAUCGCGGAGCCGGGCGCAGCCUGGAGCCGGGCGCCAGCGAGCACCGGGGCCGAGGAACAGCCACCGGCCCCCGCCUCCGGGCCGGCCCGAGCGCGCCCGGCCGGCGGCCCGCUGCCCCCAACCCCGGCACCGGCCUUCCCUAGCCCCGCGCCUAACCUCCCCCGCCUCUUUGAUACUUGCCCGCCGCCGCCGCCGCCGACUCCGCGGACAUGUCCUUUCCGCAGCUGGGCUACCCGCAGUACUUGAGCGCCGCGGGGCCCGGCGCCUACGGCGGCGAGCGCCCGGGGGUGCUGGCUGCGGCCGCCGCCGCCGCCGCGGCCGCCGCCUCGUCGGGCCGGCCGGGGGCGGCGGAGCUGGGCGCGGGAGCCGGGGCGGCAGCGGUCACCUCGGUGCUGGGCAUGUACGCGGCGGCCGGCCCCUACGCGGGCGCGCCCAACUACAGCGCCUUCCUACCCUACGCCGCCGACCUCAGCCUCUUCUCUCAGAUGGGUUCACAGUAUGAGCUCAAGGACAACCCCGGGGUGCACCCCGCCACCUUCGCGGCCCACACGUCUCCCGCCUACUACCCCUACGGGCAGUUCCAGUACGGGGACCCCGGGCGGCCCAAGAACGCCACGCGGGAGAGCACCAGCACGCUCAAGGCCUGGCUCAACGAGCACCGCAAGAACCCCUACCCCACCAAGGGCGAGAAGAUCAUGCUGGCCAUCAUCACUAAGAUGACCCUCACGCAGGUCUCCACCUGGUUCGCCAACGCGCGCCGGCGCCUCAAGAAGGAGAACAAGGUGACGUGGGGCGCGCGCAGCAAGGACCAGGAGGACGGCGCUCUCUUCGGAAGCGACACCGAGGGGGACCCGGAGAAGGCUGAGGACGACGAAGAGAUCGACCUGGAGAGCAUCGAUAUCGACGAGCACGACGGCGACCAGAGCAACGAGGACGAGGAGGACAAAGCCGAGGCGCCGCGCGCGCCCGACGCGCCCACGGCCCUCGCGCGAGACCAGGGCUCGCCGCUGACAGCCGCCGACUCACUCAAGCCCCCAGACUCGCCCCUGGGCUUGGCCAAGGAGCUCCCGGAGCCCGGCAGCACGCGCCUGCUGAGCCCUGGCGCUGCGGCGGCGGGCGGCCUGCAGGGCGCGCCGAACAGCAAGCCCAAGAUCUGGUCGUUGGCCGAGACGGCCACCAGCCCCGACGGUGCGCCCAAGGCCUCGCCGCCGCCGCCUUCCGGCCACCCCGGCGGCGCGCACGGGCCCCCCGCGGGCGCGCCGCUGCAGCACCCUGCCUUCCUGCCCAGCCACGGACUGUACACCUGCCACAUCGGCAAGUUUUCCAACUGGACCAACGGCGCAUUCCUCGCACAGGGCUCGCUGCUUAACGUGCGCUCCUUCCUGGGCGUGGGCGCGCCUCACGGCCCGCACCUGUCGGCGCCGCCCCCGCCGCAGCCACCGGUCCCCGUGGCCGCGGGGGUGCUCCAUGGCGACAAGGCCUCGGCCCGUAGCAGCCCCUCGCUCCCAGAGAGAGACCUCCUCCCCAGACCGGACUCGCCGGCGCAGCAGUUGAAGUCGCCCUUCCAGCCAGUGCGCGACAACUCGCUGGCCACGCAGGAAGGGACGCCGCGGAUUCUAGCAGCGCUCCCGUCGGCCUGAUCCAGGGUCGUCUCUGACUUUCCCCGGGGGGAGGGGGGAGAUCUUUGGGAGGGAAGGGAUGAGGGAGGAAUUAAGACAAAUAUUUCAGACCAGUGCAAAGGACAGAUCUGACCACGAAGUCGAGGACUCUCCCAUCCAUCGCUUUCUGCAGAAAGGGGCUCCUCCGACCCGAGCUCCGCAUCCAGGCAGCCCGGCCGGCCUGUGCCCGAGGCUCGGUGGCUGUCACCGUGCUCCGGGUGACUAUCGGUUCGGUAAAUGCCCCCACCACGUGCUUGUGUCUUCCCCCCGCCCUUCCUGUAUAUAGAGUGAUUUCAGAUUGUAAAUAGCGCGUCAGCGAACUUGUCUAAAUCAUAUAUUUUUGUCUAAUAAACUAAGCGAAAUGGUG